AUGGAUGAUGAUUUAUACGUGGAGUAUGUGGAGAUGAGACUUGACGGACAGGCCAAGAUCUUUUGGGAAAAUGAGAGCUACGCGGCACACUACAAGGACUAUCGACCCCACGAACGUGACCAGGGACACGACAGGAGAGACCUUCUGGGUUACAAAGCUGACCCUUCCCGACGAGAGGAGCUCAAUCGGUGAGCAGAGAGUUAGCCACGAGAUCGCAAUGAUUCCUACCGUGACUACCAGCGUACUCCGGACUUUCACUGAGCACCCGACGUGAGGACUUUCACUGAUCCUGGUGGGCGUCCUCGAGUGCUUAGUGAAAGUCCGGAGCACGCUGGUAGUCGCGGUAGGAAUCACCGUGAUCUCGUGGCUAACGCUCUGCUCGCCGAUCAAGCUCCUCUCAUCAGGAAGGGACAGCUUUGUAACCCGGAAGGUCUCUCCUAUCGUGUCCUUGGUCGCGUCCGUGGGGUCGAUAGUCCUUGUAAUGGGCCGCGUAGCUCUCGUUUUCCCAAAAGAUCUUGGCCUGUCCACCAAGUCUCAUCUUUGCAUACUCCACGUAUAAAUCAUCAUCCAUGUGGUACUACCACUGACGAGGGCAGCCCAUCACAUCAUGGGUUGAUAUGACAUCACGCUUGAGGAACAAAUAUGUUCCUCGACAGUACGACUCGAUGUUGUUCCUCAGUUGGUUAGACCUCCGACACGGCAAGAUGCCCGUCUGA